AUGGCUCCCAUACCGACCGAGGCAACAGAAAAGGAUUUUCAAAAAAUGGUAUCCAGGAAUGAAGAAUUGGCAAAGCAGGAAACCACAUUGACGAAAGAAUAUACUACUCUGUUGAGGAAGUCAUCGAGUCUUUUCCGUGUGUUGGAACAGGUGGACAAAGACUUGAUAUCAACUAGUACUCAAAGGGAGCAGCCGAAACUCAUAUCCCAAAAAGUCUUGAAUCUCGUACCAGAGUUAAAGUGGUACAACGAUCAGAUUUUGUUGGCAUCUGCCGAUCCCGACAAAUUUUCCAUGACACAAGAGUUGCAAGAUUCAUAUGAUCGGUACAAAUCUACAUCACUUUUAUACCAGGAAAAUCAAUCAGCAGAAUAA